CCUCGGUAACAGAACGACGCUGUUUGAUUAUUGAUUCCAAAGGAGAAAAUUGGAAACGGUUGGUUGUACGUGAGAUAAAUCUCGUAUUAUCGGGUGCUAUUCCCGAGUGCGAACAUGGAAGAUGUCAACCAAAUGUGGUGGAAAUCAUAGCCUUGGUCACCGAAGCUAUAGGUAGGCUGACGCUUUUGAUAAUUUUGCAAAACAGGGGAAAUCGAACGCUUUUAUUUCAGCCGUUGGAACAACGUUGCUUUCCAACAUUCGACAGGCAGCUGCACCAAUAUUUUAACUCAUCUUGUCAAUUCUAACCUUUAAAUGUUAAAAAUUAAACUGGUACAGUGUUUGAUAAAUUGGACAAAGUGAAACUCCCCCACUGAUGUAAAGUCAUACAUUUUGUAGUAUUUCGAUGCCAUUGAUUUUACGAUUACCGAUUUUACAGUGAAAAUCUCAAUGUUUGUUUCUCAAGUGUUUAGUGAAUGAUAAGAUUGCGUGUAUCUGCUUUUGCGUUUCGAUAGUACUAUACAGAUACAGUGAGAGGUAUUGGCUGUUUUACAUUUUCAAAAGUUUCCUAAAAUAAAAUCAAUUUUGCCGUUACGUUAGACUAGCUGUUUAAAACUCAGUUCCAUUGUUGUUGUUUCUAUUUGCAUUUGUAACCAUGAACACAAGGAAACGAAACUUGAUAUCUUAACUUUGUACACAUGUGUCUUUCCUCGUUAUUUAUCUUGGCCAACAUAUUGUAUGACAACUCUUAAAGAAAAUCAACCACAACUGGUCUGGUUAACAUUUAUAUCAGUGUUAUGACCAUAAGUAAAUAUAAAAAUGAUGUAAAGGUAGACCAGCUUUAGACAUACACGACUUCAUAUUAGCUUUUAACAGUCUAAUUCAAAGUUUGAAUUAGACUGAAGCUAAUUUUUUGAUACUAGUUAUGCUGGAUUUCUGCAGUGACUAAUUAGAAAAGCCACAGUAUUCUUUUCUCUCUCAGUAUUUAUGCCAAACUAUGAUUAACAUGACACCACCUAAUAAUGUUCUUUUUUUUAAAUAAUAUUUUCUUUCUUCCAGCAAUAACCACUUUACUGAUAAUACUCAUGAAGUUUAUGGAACCAGGAAAUAGACACAAACAAAGUUUUGGAUUUUGUCACAAUACCCAUCACUGGAGAUGAUACCUACAGAAUGGCCACCGUGUUCAUGUUGUUUGCAGAAUAACAGGACAUUUGAAUCAUAUGGAAAAUCUACAGUUCAUCAGGGACAUCAAAGAUGUUCUGCUUUAAUGCAGAUUUUACAUCCUUUUGUGCACUCAUGCUUGUCAUGUAACAGAAACUUGAAGUGUAAACCGUGGAGAAGGAAAUGUUUAUCACAACCUUUUGCUAAAUGGACGUUACUCAAUGUAGUUCCAUGGAUGGCUUUGAUAUUACUGCUUUCAAACUACAUUCAGCAAAGUAUACAAAUUUUAGCUAGAACGUUUUCUGUGAGAAAAAAUCCAAGGCUAUCAUCCCUAGGGGGAUUGCUUGCUAUGGUCUUGUUUGGAGGACUUUUUUCAUUGCCUUUGGCAUCGUGUCAAGACAACUUACAACCUACCCCUUCGGUGAAAAGUCUGCAGCUACCAAACACAAUGGUAUAUGUUGGUUCAUCCUUUGCUUACAACAUUUCAGAGGAAGUGUUUGACUGUGAGGUAGAAAGCUUUGUGGUAAGUAAAGAUACCGUAAGUUGAAAACAUCAUUUUGGGGCUUGGGAUCUGUUCCAACUGAAUCUGGUUUGAAACGUGUCUUCUGUGGCUUGACCUGGACUGUUCAGCUCAUCCCAGGGGGCAAUGUAAAUUUAACCAGGAGAUGGCCAGCAAGUUAGUGACUGAGACAUAACAUUUUAUUUGGGGUUUGAAAUAAGCUUUUCAGGAAAGUUGGGUUUAACUUAUCUUACUUUUUACUUAAUACACUGCUAGAGGUAACUUUUGGGAGGUUACAUUCUAGGUUACAAGUUUUUUUUUUUGCCCCCAGUUUUAGAGUGAAUGUUUAUAAGGACAAUGUUGAUACUCAUGUUCAAGACUUGGUGUGAAAAUGUGAAUAGUGCCAUGUAUGCUUUUACCUUCCAUGCUUGGUAAUGUAUUACUGUGACCUCCAACCUUAAAGGCAUCCCUUACCCUCCUCCCUCCUCCCUGCCUCUUCACAUGUCCCUGUUGUUCACAAAUUCACUGUAACUGUUAGAAAGGUAAAGAAACAAAAUGAUGUGGAUUCGAUUUACUUUUUGUUCAUUACAGGUAUCAGAAACUGCAGACAGGUUUCUUUCACACUGGCUAGCCUACAACAGUAACAAGAGACAGCUAUAUGGCGUUCCAUCAGAGAAGGAUGAAGGAACAUACAACAUUCUGGUAGUAGCACUGUCAAGGGAUGGAGACGAGGUCAGAGGUCGUGUUUGUGGGUCAAGAUCCUUCUUCAUCAAAGUUGUACCCGUCAGUGAAGAAUUGGUGAUGUCCGUUUACCCCAGCACUGACACCUCAGGCAGCAACAUCAAGACUGUUCAAAGUUUGCCUUGUGUUCCUGGCAGCCAAGCAAUCCAUGGCACUUUAAUUUUGAACGUUGAUGUGCACAACAUGAAUGGACAUGAACGGAUGAUGUUGUUACUAAAGAUGGCAGACCACCUAAACCUGCAUUCAAGUAAAGUUAGUUUAUUUUCUGGUCAAGCUACUCAUCCACUCAUUGGGCAGCUUGAUAAUCCUGUAGUGAUGGCAGCUGGUGCAGGAGAUGGCAGGUUUUCCAAGGGCUCCAGAAGCUUGCUGACAUGGCACAUGGGCUGUGGUGCUAUCAAACUUGAAGAAGUAGCAUUUUCUAAACUAGAAACCAAUGCUCAGGAUGGAAGCAUAAGUAGUCUACUUGGUGUUCCUGUGGUGGGAUGGCAUGUCAUGUCAGGUACUCAGAAGAACAUGGCUAAACGCAGAGUGAGGCGUCAGAUAAUGGGUAUGACUGCCACACCCAUACCAUCAAGUGCCCUUCCCUCAAGAAUAUCAAAUAUGUCCACUUCUGUGAUUAUCUCAAGGACUGUUGCCAUAACCUCCAAAUCAACAGCAUCUGUGUCAAGUGUCGUUAUGAACAGAACAGAAGUCAGUUCUUUUACUACAAGUGCUAACACAACAACAGGAUCAAGUCAGUUGCCAAGCAGAACUGACAUACAGUCCUCUGUUUUUGCCAAUGUCACCAGCUCUGCAAGAUCUUUUUCACCCAGUUCCAUCAUGCUUACCAAGUCAGUGUCAAUAAAAAGUUCUACAGUGAUAUUAUCAAGAAAUACAACAGUGCCUGUUCAAAGUUCAGAAUUGAUGUCUUCUGUAAACAGAACCACUCUGAUCAUGCCAUCUUCCAUUCUCAACCAAUCACGGAAUUCAACUUUUAUAACAAGAACAGUAACAACGGCCAUUGUCUCUUCAUUUCUCACUCCCAGUUCAUCACUGCCAGCAAGAAACAGCUCAAGCAUAUCACCAAAUGAAACAACAGCCAUUGGUUCCAGCUCUUCUACUCUUCCUUCAUUAAACAGAACAGUGCUGAUUUCGUCAGCAGUUGGUACAUCUUCAUUGAAUCUUACAUUAACAUCCCCAACACUUCAAGUAUCAAGUUCACUAGAAAAAAGAACAUCUUCAUUUGCUACUCCUUCCAGCAAACAAUUGUCGAUAGCAUCAUCAAGGCUAACAUCAAUUGCGUCACCACAUCUCACAACACAUUCACCUUCUUCAGUGGCAAUUUCUACGCCUCCAUUAAAUGUCUCGACAUCACCUGCAAUGUCACUGACAAUCUCAAGGCAAUCAUCUUUAACAGUGAGUCUCUCAAGCAGCUUCGUAUCCAGUCGCAACACAUCUGUUCAAGAAGCAAGUUCCACUGUCAAUCAAACAAGUCUUAGUGUGAUAGCUGUAACUUCAAGUUCUACAUCCUUUUUGUCAAGAUCGUUAUCUUCUCCAUCAAGCUUGGUAGGCCUUGAAACUACAGCUUUCAUGGGAAAUGCAUCAACUCCUCAAUUAAACAGUACAGCCGCACUGGGUACGGUUGUCCCAACACUGAGCAGUAUUAUUUCAACAAGUACUGACAUUUUAUUAGAAAGUUCUGCUCUGACUUUGAUCUCUGUUGUUCCAUCACUGAGCUCUACCAUUUCUCCAUUCAGCACUGUCAGUUUAUCAAUAAGCAGUACUGUUCCAAUAUUGAACACUUCUAUUCCGAUGAUGACUAGCAUUGGGGGAUCUGCAAACAGUAUUAUUUCCUUUGUUACACCAUCUUCACUACCAAGUUCUUUGAUUCUGCCAUCAAGCAAUGUGGUGUCAUCAGCAAGUUCUGUGAGGAUAAACAUGACAUCCGUCAUCCACAUUGCAAGUUCCUCCCUACGGAUGAAUGUCACAACUGCAUCUGUUGUGCUGUCGUUGACAUCUUCACCUAUUGCAACAAGUGCUAACUCAACACAGACAAGGUAAGAAACAUCAUCAAUACCUGGGGGGAGGGGGGGUACUCCCUUAUUUGAGCUAUGUUACUAGGUAUGUGUUAUUACCCCAAAGGAUGGUUUUUGAACUGUAUGGUCUGAAAACAGGUCUAGAUUUUGCCCAUUCUGGUGUGAAAUUUCAAGGGAACCACUAGUGUAUAUAAACACAUUUUUCGUUUCAGCUAUAAAUAAAUGAAACAGUUAAGUGUCAAAAUUAAUACAAAAACUGCUAAAUGAUAAAAAUGCUUGAACAGUAAGUUAACUUCAUUUUAACAAGGUAAUGGAUUGGUAAACCCAGCACCACUUUCAGGAAGCCAGCUCUGAAAAUGGGUGGGGAAAAUGGCAUGUUUUGGCCUUAAAUAGGAUCAGGAUUUGGAGAACUGAACGGCACACCCCCACCAGGUAUUCCAAGGAGUGCCCCACAGGAUCAAUACAUAUAUUUUAAUAAAAAGCUUUACCAGUAAUUAGCAUACUGUACAUAGCUGUACAUAGUCACUUUGUUUUGUUCCCUUGUGAUUUAUAAAUAGGAGAUUAUUUCACAUGUAGGUUUGUUAAAAGCUUUGACAUUUUCUUUCCAAUACUGCUAGGGAAUAGCCUGAUAUGAGAUGAAUUUAAUUUACAACCUGAAAGAAGGACUGAGAUUUAUCUUUCUCUUAUUGUUAUUUUUUAGUGUGGCGAUUUCAGUGGAGACAACCAUCGGUAAGUUUACCUUGCAUCUUUAGUUUUUUUUUAAGUAACAUUCACUCCAUUCAUAUAAUCUAUUCUGACUGGCUUAACACAUUAAUUUCUAAACAUCAUCAACAGCUACAAGAAUCGGUUACAUUUUGCCAUUACAAAUUAUACAAUGUACAAUCAUGGUGCGUUACUAGGGACACCUUCCGGAUACUCGUUGAGUUUUUUAUUCUAGUCAAACUUCUGUAAUUUAUUUUUCUCACGUUAAACCGAGAUUUUCUUUGACUCCUAUAAAUAAUUAAGGCUACUAACAAUCUGUUCAAGUUGUCUUUCACCAGCAUGAUGUAAUUGAAAAUUAUAACAUGUUCAAAUGAGGCCUUAACCUGCUGUCCAUUUUUUAAAAAAAAUAAAAAUCCAAGCUUUCACCAAUGCCGUUUUGCAGUGUAAGCUUGAAUAUAAAACAAAAAAAAUGGACAGCAGUUUAAGACCUCUUCUGAACAUUUUAAUUCUUAACUAACACUACAAUAAAAGAAAAUUCUGAAUCAAACUAGGUUGAAUGCCGGUUUACUGGUUAAAUACAGUCGGUCAGAUUCUUUACUUAUGUGAACCCUGUCACUGAGUAUGGCACCUAAAUCCCCAGCAACAUAUUUUACCUCACAGGCUCUUGAGUUUUUUGCUCUAUUUUCAAACUGCACUCACAAUAUCUAGUGUUAACCAUUAUUAACUUACUAAUCUUUUCUCAGACAGAGUUUCAAGAACAUUAAUAAUGAUGAUGAUGAUGAUGAUCAUUUGGAGUUUCAUCUAAAUAAUUUUUACGUUUUUGUGCUGAUAAAUGAAAACUGCUAAAAAAUAUUGUUGCAUAAUCAGUCGUCAUAAAACGUGAAUAUCUAAACCUAAUUUUUUAAGUCAAUCAGUGGGAUAAAAUUGAAACGUUUUGACAGUGCCACAAAUUAACACAUUUGCUCUCCUCUUCUUUCUUAGUUAAUCUUCUAAAGUCCAGCAGAAGCUGCUAUCAUUAACCACUCUCUGAAACGAAACAUGACGGUUUUCUCUCUUCUAUAUUCAUAACUUAGUCAUUUCUUUAAGUACUUCUUGACUUUUUGACACCCACUUUGAAUUCAUUUGCACAAACACCUCACAUGUGUGUGUUUUGAAGACUUACCAUUUACUCAUACCUUGGAGUGUGGAAGAACCGUCGUUUGCCAAGCAAGAGGCGACAAAAUGUAACUGUUAUUCAGCCAAAAAAUCUUCAAUUUGUUUAUUUGAUUUCUUUUGCUUUUUUUUCACAAAUUCUAAAGUUUUCAGUGUUAAUACAUCCUUAUCUGUUCAGCGGCGUCAGGAAAGCAUGAGUACGUCUCCAUGACAAACGUCACGAAUUAUUUGCAUGGAAUACAUGGAUUUUAUGGAAGGACUUCUCAAUUCCAUAAUGCUUUUGGUAUUUUAUUAUUUACCAUACUAUUUCACACUUGCCCUCCACAGCCAAGAGAUCAACAUUGGUGAAUUCAACGUCUGUAAUCGAUAGAUCACUGCUUGGAACGUCUGUGUUUUCAUUGACAACGACAAGUGGAAGCCGAACAUUUUCGAGUAUUCUGGCUGCCAAUGGAACUGUAAUCGCUGCUACCUCGAUUGGCCUUAAUCAGUCUAUUGUCAACAUCACAGCAACCCCAGUCGUUUCAAUAAGUACUUUUCAGAUUACAAGCACGCCAAGCAUGGUAAAGAUAUCAAGUUCUUUUUCUGCUACCACGCCUUCCAGCCCUGUGUCAAGUUUUGAAGUUAACUUGAAUUCCACUGCGAUCUCAAGACCUCAAGAGUUUUCAACAAGGGACAUACCGUUAAAUUCGUCUGUUUUAACUCAAGUGGUUUUGUCGAGAACAAGAUCUUCAUCUGUGUUGUUGAUCUCUACUGGUGCCUUAUUAAACGCGACAUCCGCAGCCACACGGCUAACAACCACGAUAUCCAACAGCAGCGGAACAUUUAUAACACCAAGAGUGACUCUAAGCGUUGCACGGAGCUCAGCCGAGUUCAGUUCAAGUUUGGUAACCUCUCCUUCGAUAUCACAAACUUCAAUGACUUCUGUUGACACAAGAAGAACUUUGAAGACCAGCAUGAGCUCACAAAAUUCUACCUCGAUGCUGAGACUAAGCAGUGACGUUUCUUCAGAAUUUGUAAGUACUCCUGUUGCAAGCUCAUCAUCUGAACAGGGGAAUUCAUCAUUGAAAAUAAGCGGCUCUACCACCGUGUCCACUUCAACGGUCACAGGAAUACCAACCGUAACCAUGGCGAGAUCAACCAGUGUGUCCAGGCCUUCCAGCUUUACCAGACAAGUGUCAUCGAGCCUCAUUGGUACAUCUUUGUUCACAAGAAGCACAUUGCAAACACACUUGACAACAUCUUCUAGAACACGUACUGUCGCACUUAGUACACUAUCACCUCACUUAAGCAGUAGGCUUACCACCAGGAUACCCAGUACUGUACAGCUCAGUUCCACAGGCACACCAGUCAACAGGACCGUUACAAGUGUUAAAGAAACCAGUGGUAAGAUUUCAGUUUGUUCGCACCACGAAAGCACAUUUAAUUUGUCCAUGCUCUUAGCACUUACGUUUCUAUUGCGCCAAGGCACUCGUAAAUUAUUUAAUGUUUACAUCCAGACGUGGUAUUAAUGUGGCUUUUUGGGUUUCAAGAUCUUAAAAUUUUCUAAAUUCUUUUAACUUCUUUUUUUCUGACGUUCAUCCUCAUGUGUGGUGCUGUUGACACGCUUCCAACGUGCUUAUCUUUUCUUUCUUCCUUCCACUUGAAUUCACCUGGAUUUGCUUUACCUUGUAUUGUUGUUCCUAGGGGAUUGCUAGCCAGGUUAUAUAUUCUAAGCAACGUAUUGUGUGUUAAUUCUGUGGCAGUGAGAUCCAAUUCUUAUAUGACGGUUGCGCAGUGGACUAGAGAGCGUUCGUCCCCUACCAGUGUGAUCUGGGUUCGAGUACCGGCAUUGGCGAGAUUGUUGUUGAUUUUCUUCUCCUCUGCGAAUUUUUUUUCCGGGUACUCUGGUUUUUCCCCUCUCCCAGAAAUUAAUAUUCCCAAGUUCCAGUUCGAUCUGGAAAGUGUCUUCAGGUAAUUGAGGACACUCAGUGGGUCACAAAUUUAACAGUUCUUUGAACUGUCAGAUGUCACCCUCUCUAAAUAACGUAAUUUUUUAUAUGGUUUUAUUUUGCGUUACCCUUUGUAAUUUCGCGUGUUCUUAUCCCAAGGUUUAACUACUCUCCUGUCACGCAACACAACACGAAUGAUGACCCUUGACAGAACCUUUGUGAAAAUAACCUCGUCCAUUGUACCGACUGUUGGAUCAAGGUUGACCACGGUUAGAUUUUCUUCCUCCCUCGUUAGAAGUAGUGUUGUUACAGUGAGUAACACGUCAACUGUAACGCCUUUAGUCACGCAAGAAAGUAGCACAGCUUCACAGUUCACACCUGCUAGUCCUGUAGAAACAUCUUUGAUCCCAAUUGCCACGGAAGUCACUAGUUUAGCGGCCACAAGCUUGGCAAGAAGCUCAGUAAUCACUGGAGCAAACAACUCAAAAGUGACCGAGAUUAGUAGACUUCUCACACACAGGACAUCAAUGUCUCGUAGCGUAACACCAGUAACGCCAUCUUCCUUUGCACUGCAAUCACCAAGUGUUGAAUCGACACAAGUAAGGUCAUCUUUAAAAAGCACUUUUGUGACAUCCGCCGUUUUCAUAACAGAGACGAUAAGUGUUAAAUCUAUUGCUAAACCAAGCGUCACAUCAGGUAUUCAGACUUCUACCACAACAACGUCCAGUAGAAAAUCUAAGGUGACAUUCAUAAGCGUUUCGCCAAGCGUGACAUCUAGUGCUUUCAAGGUGGUCACCUCAACUAUGCAAGCAAGUUUUUCAGCAAUUCUUACAAAACUUUCUUCAGCUAGCUCCAUAGCAUUCACCUUGGCAAGUUCUAAGCCACAGACGUCAUCUUUAAGUGCGUCGUCAAGAAGAGAUGAGUCAAGCGCGAUAUCAAGUCCGAUCAGUAACAUGACUGUCCAGAUCAUAGUCACGACUCUACUUUCCAAAAAAUCUUCAGCCACUUUUGUAGCAUUUACGUCCAGCCCUGAGUCACAAACGCCAUAUCUAAGCGUGACAUCAAGAUUGCCAAAUACCUUGACGUUUUUGUUGACACCAGCUUCGUCAUCUGUGAUCAAGGGUUCGACCUCUAGCCUCAGAGCUGGUGUCACGACAUCCCUUUUAUCCAGUGUUUCCUUUGGUGCUGAGUCAAUGUCCUCGCGGACUUCGUUAUCAGUUGAAAGUUCUACCUUUACAAGCUUAACCAGUAAUUUGAGUAGUUCAAGAGCUUCAACAGCUUCGUAUAAAACAAGCCUUAUGACAGGAGUUCCCUCUUCAAGAUUCAGCCAAGUUUCAGCAAGUGUUAUUUUGCAGCAUUCUUCGCCUUCAAGACUUUCCACAAGUAGCCCAACGUCUUCUGUUAAAUUUACAUCAACGAUAUCACCUGUGGUAUCGGUAAAAUCCUCGCUUGUAAGCCGUAUGUCAACACCGUACUUGAGUACUUUUGCUUCACGUAAGUCAGUCAGUAUCUUUAACAGCUCUUUGAAGAGCUCCAUUUCGCUUAGUUUCAUUACAUCCGGGUCAUUCAUUGACACAGCCUCGCUUUCCUUGUCACGCACCAUUGUCACACCUUUCAUUUCACGUCUUCUUUCCUUCAAGUCACAGAAUGUCACGUCAUCCUCACCCUUCUCCACCCCAUUUCGGAGUCUUUCGCUUUCCAUCUUUGUUACAUCUUCAUUCUCCAGAAAAGUUAAAUCCUCACUUUCGCUUGCGUCUGCUCAAGACCUUUCUUCAAACUUUAUCUCACUUUCGCAGGUAUGGCAUUUCUCAAAAACUUUCUCUAUGGGCACCCACACGGCCUCCGUACAACCGAUUGUUUCAAGCCAAAGUCCCGGAGCUUUUUCGUUUACUUUUAUUUCUUUUCCUAGUAAAUUUCCAACUGUGGUUUUAGCUACAACAUAUUCCUUCCAAAAUUCCCUAUUUUCCAAACAUUCUAGUACUUAUACUAGCAUUUCUCAAACUGUGGUUUUAGCUACAAAAUAUCAAUCUACACAAACAAGCUUUUCCAAGUCUCUUGUUUUUUCCUCCAUUUCAGGUACUUUUUCAUCCAACUUCACUCGGAAUGUAACGCCAACAGAUUCGUCCGUGACACUUAGCAUCACGCCAUCUUCUUCUGUCAUCAUACCAACCACCGUGCCCGCCAACUCUCCACCGCGUCUUUACAACAACAUGGGGCGGGUAAGCGCGACCGCGGGUAAAGCCUUAUACUACACCAUACCUGAUGACACAUUUUACGACGCCGAAGACCAAGCGACUACACGUGGGUUGUCACUUUCGGUUUCCUUUGCCAACGGGACGAGCAUUCCGACAGACUACUGGCUGCAGUUUGAUAACACGAGUCAAACCAUCUACGGACUACCACUUAGCGAGCAUGUGCCAAGUGGGGUAACCGGUGAAGGGUUCUUACUGCGGGCUCAGGAUAGCCAGGGUGCGGAUGCCCUUGACGCAUUCGAAGUCUUUGUGGUUCCGUCUGAAAAACCAAUUGUACAGGAGCUGAAGGUUAGAAUAACGAACGACUUUAUUGCGUUUAGUCGCAAUGUGUCUGAAAGACUUUUGCUGCUAGAGAAUAUUUCUAGUUAUUAUGGUGACUCUGAUAGUUCGCUAAUUAGGGUAUUGAGUUUUACAUCUGGAUCAGUGGUCAUGGCCUGGACUAAUGACUCGCUACCAACAGACACUUGUGAUGUGGAGAAAGUGGAUUACGUUGAGAACAAGGUGCUUCUACCCGACGGUCAGGUAAGAGAGGAAUUUCGGGAUGCUUUGCCGGAUUUUCCAGUUGAAAGUGCGAGUCAGCAAAGAUUGGGAGUGUGCAAUGGAACGGAUGAGGGUACUCCCUUACCACCAGGGGCGCAGUCAACGCAAGACGAAGACUUGUGGUAUAAGCACGUCCUUGUAGGCGUGCUUGUUGUAUUUGUUGUCGUAGUUUUAGCUGUGCUCCUGAUAUGGUACUGUAGACGCCGAAGACCAAAACCAUCCAAUGAAAAACGGACUUUCAAGAAGCGUAAACCCAUAGUGCUGGGACCGGAGAUUGAACUCAAGCCGAUUCCUGGCAAACCACUUGUCCUGCCUGAUGAUGAUCCGAGUUUGCCGCCAUCGUACAUCUCAGAAACAUCACUGAACAAACCUGUUUAUUCUGACGACGAGGACGAGGUGGAUUAUGGGAAGAGAAGCCCUUCAGUCGUGUAUGAGCCGCCCCCACCUUUCCAUGCAACACUGGCAGACGACCCUCGAAACAGUCCACCGCCCGCGUAUUUUAUGCCUCCAAUGUAUUAACAUUUUGAGUGAAAAUUGACCCUUAAUGACCCACGUUUGAUAUAUCAAAUUCUAACAUGACUCCGAGGCUUUAGGGACAAAAUUGCAAUUUUUCACGACUCCAUUGUCUCGCAAUUCCUAGAAGAAACUUAAGCACAAAAAAAACAAACAAAAUAUAGAAACAAGAUCAGAAAGCCAUGGAGUCAUGUUAGAAUUUUGAUAUAUCGAACGUGAGCUAGUUUUCCUUUUAAAAUUUUAUUGAGACUGUAAUAGUUAAGCCUGCUUGUUUGUUGGUUAUGCCUACAGAAAAAAAGGUAAAGGAAAUAAUUUAUUUGUUUCCGGCUAACACUUAAGAAAACAGCAAAGUUCUUGUGAUUUACGCUUUAGGUAGUCGCAUUUAGAGUUUUCCUCUUAUAAUGAAAAGCAAAGAGCCUUCUUGUGGGAAACGAGUGCAAAUUAAAGUUUGUUGAUCAAAUAUUUCCUUUACGACCCGGUUAAGGUAUUUAAUUUUCGUACACUUUAUCUCGUUACAGUAAGUGUUCUUUUGAAUCUAAUUGUUUUCAAACGCAAGUUUUCAAGUGAUUUCCUGAUAUAAACGCCCAGAUAACGAUAUCAAAGAUUACAACCAAUAAUUGAUUCUG